AAAAUUACGCCAAGGCAGGGACUCAAAGGAGAGACAUUCUGAAUGUGCCGGAGGGACAAGGAAUCGGCAGUUGGAGAAGUAGAAGUAGAGCUUUUACGCACUCUCUUCAACUUUCAAUUAAACUCGAGUGAUAAUACGAAAUGGAAAAGGAAGAUUCGUUCCGCAAGGACACUCCACGCACACAGUCAAGCACACUUACACACGCACCGUGCCAGGGGGUUCGCCAUUGUUCCCUCACACAGAUACAGUGAGGCAUCGCUUACCUGCCAUUUGUGAGCCAUUGUGAGUGAUCGAACAAGGGCGGAGCGUAAAUGGCAACAGUUGCCGCUAAAUGGUGACUAAAUGGCCGAACAGACUCGGGGCAAACAACCCUCGAAUUGGUCCUCAGGGGUGGCUUAAUGGAAAACCAACCCCCAGAACAGGGUCUCCAGGUAUAUAAGAGCCGGGUGAGGGCCCAGCAGCCAGACAGUCUCGCACAGCCAGCGAUCGUGUUCAGUAGCCCAUUCCGAAGUCAGUUGGAAAACGAAAUUUACGAAAAUGUCACGCUCUUUUUUGAUGGAUUCCCUGCUCAGCGAUAGGCCCAAUCUGAGCCAGAAGAAGGAGAAGCUGGGAUCACCAGGAGCCAGUUCCUCGGCAGCCGCUGCAGUGGCCGCAGCGGCCAUGUUGCCAUCGAUACCCAUGCUGCCCUAUCCGGCCAGCUAUGUGGGCAGCUAUCUCUUCUCCCUGGGCAUCCAGCAGCAGCAGCAGCAGCAACAGCAGCAACAACAUGCAGCUGCAGCAGCAGCCGCAGCAGCAGCAGCAGCUGCCUUGCAGCAACAUCCGCAUGUCAGCUCGAGUCCCGGUUCCCUAUAUCACCCAUACGCCCAGCUGUUCGCCACCAAGAGGAAAUCCAGCGGCUUCAGCAGCUACGAAGGCUGCUAUCCAUCGCCACCGCUGUCGGCCAAUCCAAACAGCAACGCCCAGCAGUUGCCGCUGCACAAUCUCUACGGAUCUCCAGUGGGUGUGGGUGGUGGCCUACCUCUACCCGAACCCGGCAGCUUCUGCACUUCACCCUCGGCUUCCUCGUCGGCCUCCCUGGAUUACACCAGCCACUUUGACGAGCCCCAAGGCAAGCGGUUCAAGCACGAGUCCUCCUGCUCGCCCAAUAGCUCACCGCUCAAGGUCCAGUCCGCGGGAGUGCCCUCGGAAAUCACACCUCUGAUCAGCGACUAUGCCGACUCCAGCAAAAGGAUUCGCACCGCCUUCACCAGCACUCAGUUGCUGGAACUCGAGCGGGAAUUCUCGCACAACGCCUACCUAUCGCGACUUCGUCGCAUCGAGAUCGCCAACCGCCUGCGCCUCUCCGAGAAGCAGGUCAAGAUCUGGUUUCAGAACCGUCGAGUCAAGCAAAAGAAGGGCGGUUCCGAGAGUCCCACAUUCAAUCUGUCCACCAACUCCAACGGCAGUCCUCAGGCCUCUCCAGCUUCUCCCAAAAUCAACGUUCACGAACUGAAAGUGGAAGCGUAGAAAAAUCUUCGUAAAGAAUUUACAGAUUGUACAGUAGAUUUUAGUCUGUUGUUA